CGUGACGCGUCAGGGAGGAAACGCCAGCGCCCGGCGGCCCUGCCGGGAAGGAGGAAGCGCGAGCGCGCUUGACUCGGCGCCCGCGGCGCCGGGAGGCAGCACCGCGGAGCCGGGUGAAUUCGGAUUGUGCUUUGACAUUCCUAAACGCCCGAGGGGUGUCGGUGGGAAGACAGUUACCCUGGGCGCAGCCCCUAGCCUAGAGGAUCGGGCAACGAGGAGGGACAGAAGACCCCACGCGAGGAGGAAGUUGCAUGAUGGAAUUUGAACAUUACUUCAAGAGUUUUCAUAUUUUGGAUUAGUUAAUUGUGCUCAUCCUCUGUUGAUUAUUUCUUCGGACUCAUUUUUUGGUUUCUUUGGUGCCCUUUUGAGUCAUUUAAACGCAAAGAAAUUAUAUCAUGGACUACAAGGAAAACUGCCCAAGUGUAAGCAUUCCCAGCUCUGAUGAACACAGAGAGAAAAAGAAGAGGUUUACUGUUUAUAAAGUUCUGGUCUCUGUAGGGAGGAGUGAGUGGUUUGUCUUCAGGAGAUAUGCAGAGUUUGACAAACUUUACAACACUUUGAAGAAGCAAUUUCCUGCUAUGGCCCUGAAGAUUCCUGCCAAGAGAAUAUUUGGUGAUAAUUUUGAUCCAGAUUUUAUUAAACAAAGGAGAGCAGGACUGAAUGAGUUCAUUCAGAACUUAGUCAGAUACCCAGAGCUUUACAACCAUCCAGAUGUCAGAGCAUUCCUUCAAAUGGAUAGCCCCAGACAUCAGUCAGAUCCAUCUGAAGAUGAGGAUGAAAGAAGUACUCAGAAGCUACACUCUACCUCACAGAACAUCAACCUGGGACCAACUGGAAAUCCUCAUGCGAAGCCAACUGACUUUGAUUUUUUAAAAGUUAUUGGAAAAGGCAGCUUUGGCAAGGUUCUUCUUGCAAAACGGAAACUGGAUGGAAAAUUUUAUGCUGUCAAAGUAUUACAGAAAAAAAUAGUUCUCAACAGAAAAGAGCAAAAACAUAUUAUGGCCGAACGUAAUGUACUCUUGAAAAAUGUGAAACAUCCAUUUUUGGUUGGAUUACAUUAUUCUUUCCAAACAACUGAAAAACUUUAUUUUGUUCUGGAUUUUAUUAAUGGAGGGGAGCUGUUUUUUCACUUACAAAGAGAACGGUCCUUUCCUGAACACAGAGCAAGGUUUUAUGCUGCUGAAAUUGCCAGUGCAUUGGGUUACUUGCACUCCAUCAAAAUAGUAUACAGAGACUUAAAGCCAGAAAAUAUUCUUUUGGAUUCAGUGGGACAUGUUGUCUUAACAGAUUUUGGGCUUUGUAAAGAAGGAAUUGCUAUUUCUGAUACUACCACCACAUUUUGUGGGACUCCGGAGUAUCUUGCACCUGAAGUAAUCAGAAAACAGCCCUAUGACAACACUGUGGAUUGGUGGUGCCUUGGUGCUGUUCUGUAUGAAAUGCUGUAUGGAUUGCCUCCUUUUUACUGCCGAGAUGUUGCUGAAAUGUAUGAUAAUAUUCUUCACAAGCCUCUAAGUUUGAGGCCAGGAGUGAGCCUCACAGCCUGGUCCAUUCUGGAAGAACUCCUAGAAAAAGACAGACAAAAUCGACUUGGGGCCAAAGAAGACUUUCUUGAAAUUCAGAAUCAUCCUUUUUUUGAAUCACUUAGCUGGACUGACCUUGUACAAAAGAAAAUUCCACCACCAUUUAAUCCUAAUGUGGCUGGACCAGAUGAUAUCAGGAACUUUGAUACAGUAUUUACAGAGGAAACUGUUCCAUAUUCUGUGUGUGUAUCUUCUGACUAUUCUAUAGUGAAUGCCAGUGUACUGGAGGCUGAUGAUGCAUUUGUUGGUUUUUCAUAUGCACCUCCUUCAGAAGACUUAUUUUUGUGAACAAUUUGCUAUUCAGAAACUAUCAUGCAAAUAUAAGACUGCGGAUGGGACUGAGACUCCUAUUUUUGUGAAUAUAUUCAAAUAUGUAUAACAGUGCCUCAUUUUUACAUGUAAUGUUAAAAACUAUGAAAAUUGUAUUUUCUGCUGUAUGCAAGAAAAUAGGGCGUUUCAAAGAGCUGUUUUGGAUUAAAUUUGUAUUCUUGUUUAUUAAGCUUAUUUUUAAACAGAAAAUUUAAAAACUGUUAUUCUUAGCAUUAACCUAUUUUUGAAGAAAACUUUUUUGCUAUUGACUGUUCUUUUUCCCUCUUAAGUUUACACUAACACCCAAGAUAGACUGUUUUGUAGCAGUCUAUUUCAGUUCAGUUAACUUAUAUUAAUACCUUUGUAAUUCUACUACGACUUUUGUUAUCAAAUCAGAACUAUGCAAUUGGUACAUGGUUGUUUAAGAAGAAACCGUAUCUUUCCACGAUAAAUCACUGUUUGAAAUAAUCGGGUCCUGGUAGGGUAAAAAUGUAAAAGCAUAAUUAACAUAUUGGCUGCUAGUUAACACUGUUAAUAACUGUUCAUUUUGCUGAUAAUAAAAUAAGUAACAAAGUAGUAUAAAAUGAAAUCAUUUGCUUUUGAAAUACCAGUUCAAAUUUGUGAAUUAUUUUUUCUCUACAGGGAAAUUAAAAAUGGUUUAAAAUUUUAAGGAUUCCCAAAGAUUUGGAGGGUAAUAAAGUACUGCCAGAAUUUAUUUUUAGGUGGUGCCAAAAAGCAACCGUAUGUCAUGUAUUUAUUUAACAAAUAUAUUCUAUUUAUGUUCCUUUGGGUCUUUUGAAUGUUUAAUAUGCUGUUAAGUAAGUUUAAAUCUAAAAGUGGUAUUUUUGCUUUUACAAAUAGCUAUUUCAAACUAUCUUCCUAGUUGGUUACAUAAAAAGAAAUAUGUAGCUCUAUAGAAUAUUUACCUGAUUGGGAAAUGUAAAUGUAUAUAGUUUUAUUACACUGUAACAAAAGUUAAAAAUAGUUUAGGCAGGUACAUACUAAAUAUCUUUUUUAAAAUUUUCUUUAGUGGUUCUGGGGAUCAAACCCAGGGCCUUGUGCCUCCUAAACACUGCUGUACCACUGAGCUACACCCCAAAUUCUUCAAUUUCUGUAUGUAUCUUAGAAAAAGUAAGGAGCUUGGCAUGGUGGCACAUGACUGUAAUCCUGGUGGCUUGGGUGACCGAGGCAGGAGGAUCACGAAUUCAAAGCCAGCCUGAGCAAAAGCAAGGCACUGAGCAACUCAGUGAGACACUGCCUCUAAAUAAAUAGAGCUGGGGAUGUGGCUCAGUGAUUGAGUGUCUCCGAGUUCAAUCCCCCGUACUCCUCCGCAAAAAAAUGAAACUGACUUUAAAAUCAUAACAUACUAGUAAUUUGUGCAUUUGUAAUGGUAAAAGAGAAUGGCCAUAGAAAAAAAAAAAGAAUGCUUAACUUGGAAUUCUGGUUCUGAGAGUGGUGGAUUUUCAAGUCCUGUAGGAAGCAGUAUUGUGAGAGGUUAGUGACCCAAUUUAGAUGUCUCUAAGAACAAACUUCCCUUCCAUGUAUUCUCUUCAGAAAGAAAUCACAAAAGCAUUUCUCACCAAUACCCUUUGGCUCAUAAUUCAACAGAACAGGGAAGAGGGAUAUGCUUUUGUUCAGUUAAUAAUAAUUACAUUCAAUACACUGAAUUUUCCUUUAGAGGUUAAAUUUUAAUAUCUACACUGUAAAUAUUUGGUUUGUUUGGCACUACUGUGAGUUCUGCUUUUACACAAAGCUCUUUGUGACAAACCAAAACGAAAACUGUAGUUUCCUAUGUGGGUUUUAAAAUUCAGGUGAUCUUUAAUUAAACUGCCAAAAUUUAAAGUGCAAUAUUGUAUAUUUUUAGGAACAAAUUUAAAAUAGAAUUUUGAUGUUUCUCAGAUCAGGAGAAAUACAAAUUGACAUAGAAAAAUAAAAUUAGCAAAAAGGUUAA